AUGGAUGAUGCCGUCAAGUUUGGUGUGCGAAUGAAACGAGGGGAACGCGUUACAAAUUAUCAUCAUUACAAGGUGGAGGUUUACUGUCAGGUUCUUGAUUUAGUUAUUCAAGAGAUGGAAAAUCGUUUCCCAGAAACAAAUACAGAAUUGCUUAUUUGCAUGAAUUGCCUUAGUCCAAGAAACUCCUUUGCUAGCUUCAAUAUCGACAAGUUGGUCCGUCUCGCAGAACUUUAUCCGGAUGACUUCUCGUGCACUGAAUGUAUGGCUCUCCAAUAUCAACUUAAAACUUAUAUCAGUGAUAUAGUUGAUAAAGUCGAGUUCUCCAAUAUUGAAGAUUUGGGAAAUCUUGCAAAGAUUUUGGUCGCUACCACAAGAGAUAAGGCUUUUCCCUUGGUAUACCGUUUGAUUGAAUUGACUCUGAUCCUUCCUGUUGCGACCGCCUCUGUUGAGAGAGUAUUUUCUUCGAUGAAAUUUAUCAAGACUGAUUUGCGAAACAGAAUGGGAGACGGUUGGAUGAAUGAUAUCUUAGUUGUAUACAUUGAGAAGGAUAUUUUUAACAAAAUUGAAAAUGAGACCAUUCUUCGACGAUUUCAAGAAAUGGCGACACGUCGGAAACAAUUAUCAUCUAGAGCCUCGUAA